AUGGAGAUCACAGGAUGUAAACACUUCGCCGAUCAAGAAGGACAAUUAUUAUCAACGACGGCGAAGCUUUCCGACACUUUUCCUCCUACGCAAACCUUCAUUGCAUCUCUUCCGGUCGAGUUAGUACGCAUGGUCUGCAACAACCUCGACCCUUCCGACAUCAUGUCAUUCCGUCGUACGAACAAGAGAUUCGGCGAGAUCGGCGUAGAACACCUGAUUCCUCGCGUAUCUUUCCACCUCUCUCCGGCUAGCUUUUCGCGUCUUGACACUAUUACGAGCCAUCCAGUACUCCGCAAGCACGUCAAAGAGAUGCACUUCAACGGCCAAUGCUUCACAUGCCCUACAUCAUACUGGGAGACAAACGGGUCAUUGUUUUUGAAAGAGGUGAAUUGGGAUAUAUAUCAUCAAGAGGCACGCUAUAAGAAGGACCCAGGGUGUGAUUUCGAGUGCACUGAGGACGGCUCGUGGAGCUUCGAGGAGGUCUUACUAGCCGAUGGAGCUGAUGACACGCUGCUCAUGGCCCAGUUCGACGCCUUUGCGCAGAUGCUUUUCGACACCAAUAAUCCGGAAUUCCUCAACAAGUAUCUUAGCGAGCGCUCUAAUGAGCGCUCUAAUAAGCCACGAUUCACAGGCGUUGUGGAGCCAUUCUUCAGGGAAGGUUGUAGCUCCAUGGAGAUCAGGAAGGUACUUCAAGACUUGAGCCAACGAGUGAAGGAGCAUCGAGAGAUGGAGUAUGACAUAUUCGGAUCCGAACCCUCCUGGAGCUUUUACGGCGGCGACAAGUCUCUCAACGCGUCUGGCAUGUAUGCAGGCGUGCAGCAACUGAACGCUCUCCUUGCUGGAUGCCACGAAGCAGGUACUCGACUAAACUCUCUUGAAGUCGAGGCCGUGAGCUGGCGCUUCUUCGCUCAACCCGUCGAAGCCUUUGGGCGAGGUGCUUUGAGUUUGCUUUCCAAGCUGAAGAUGCGCGUAGUGGUCUCCACUUUGCACGACAACGACAUUAUUUUCGACGAAUCGGACGAAUGCAGAAGACAACUAGGCCAUGGGAUUAUGCACCGCUUCCUGCGCGACAUGCCCCUACUGAAAGACUUAGAUCUAACCAUCUUAAACCACUUCGGCGGGGAUUUCCUGUUAAAGAAUAUCGUUGGGAACAUCACGUGGCCUCGACUGCAGUCUUUAGUGCUCCGACACAUAGUCACAGAGGAAGAAACCCUCGUGUCUUUACUGGAUCGCCACAUGGUUACACUCAAGCACCUGUCGCUUUGUGACAUUGCUCUCACUGAAGGUGAGUGGCGAUCCGCGUGGAGGAAGGUCCGUUGCUUGGUUGCCACGUACGGCCUCGAUAAUCUUCAUAUUGGCAAUUGGAAUCGGUUCGUCACGAGACACCUGGAAAACGGGGAUUAUGUUCGUUUGUACCAAAGGUGGCGUGAGGCUAAAGUACUUGGCUUCGUCGAGGCGACUAGGAUGCUUCACCAGUACCUAAUCAAGGGAGAGGGUUCAAUAGAUGAGCCUGUAUGGCAGUAUACCAGGGCGUUGUAG